AGCUUUACGGGUUGAGUCUGUUGCAAACAUCAUACAGUUGUGAUUCAAUAAAAUCGAAAUCCCCUGCGAAUAAAGGUAAGCCCUUAAUGGUUUAAAUAUGAUUGUCAUCGUAAAGAGAGGACGACGUAGUGGAAAGCAUUAAAUCACUUUCAUGAACUAGCCUAAAGGCAAUUAUGUUUUUAAGCUGUCCUCAUCAAAAUGGCGUCUUCAGGUUCAAUUUCAAGAAUCUAUCUUGUCCUUUAGUUCCGUGGCAUUUUGAUCUCGGAUCCUAAAGUUCGUUAAUUCCAAAAUCUCCUGAAAAGCUAAUAGAAAGAGACAUGACUCGUUUGCGGUAAAAAUUUGGCGAUUCAAAGGAAUGCGAAAGUAAGGCGAACUCGUUAUGUUCGAACUUGAUAACAAGGAAACAUAACUCGAGCUACGUGCAACUUGUUUUGGGAAAGAAAAAAGAGCAAAGGUAAUUCGGUUAGAAGUGGAUAAAUAUGCUUCUCAUUUAUCGCCGAACCAGUGUCCGAGUAGAAAAUAGUUUGAUGUUGAUUGUUACGGCUGUGUUUUUGGCCUUUUGUUUUCUAUUAUCAAAUAUGUUUCUGAUAGGGUUUAAAAUAUUUGGAGCUUAACUUUUAGCGUGCAUCUGCGGCCGCACUGACGGCUAGCAGAUGCGAAGCCCGAUUUUUUUUCAUAUUUAUUGUAGUAUUAAGAAAAUUGAAGAUAGAAAUCUUUGCGAAAUUUGCCUCCAAAAUUUCGAAAUAACUGCUAUCUUUGCAUUACAAUAUGGCGGCCGAGAGUUGCCCACCGGCAGGAAAAAAUUUAGUCAUAGUCACAGUUGCGCAAACAUUUUUGUUUUGAUUUUGGUUUAUAUCGAAUACAUCGCUAAAAUAAGGAAAGACCUACAGGAACCAGGAGUUUUUCUUUACGACUGAUGAUUCCUGAGCGUGUACUAUUUGCAAAAAGGCAUUCGAUGCCAUGAGCAACGACGCAGAAAGAUAAAUUUAAUUGCUUGCCAUUCGAAACUGACAGAGAAGGUUCGAGCUCAGAAUUGGCGGCCCAACCUCCUGCAAGAUGAUCAUCUGCGUACUAAGCGUAAUGCUGAAAAUAUAAGAGUUGGUAUGGGAAUAUUUACGACCACUCUUAGGAAGUAAAAAUACCGUCAAAUUGUCAAUGAAAAAUGCCUUACCUUACUUCCACAGUGCAUCGCUUGUUGUCUGAACGCUUACUUUGUUAAAAAGAGACCAUUAUAGCGAGUUAUCCAUUUCUAAGUUUCCUACUCCUGCGAGAAAACAUAUAUAUAUUCCCUUAGCUCCGGUUGGAGCAUAGGCCAUUAACCACUUCCGUCCUCCAUCGGGUUCUGUCCUGGGCAAAACUUCCUAAAGUGGCCCAAGUGUGGCCCCAGUUUCUCAUUUGGGACUCUACACCUCUUCUCCAGGAGUUCCUGGGACGACCCCUCUUUCUCUUGCCCUGGGGGUUCCAACGUAAUGCCUGCCGGGUGAUGUUGUUAGCCGGUUUCCUUAGGAUGUGACCUAUCCAUCUCCACUUUCUCUUUGAGAUCUGAGUUAUGAUUGGUUCCUCGCCUGCUAAUUCCCACAGCAUCUCGUUCGUUACCCUGUCAGUCCAACUGAUUUUUAAAAUUCGCCUAAGGCACUUAUUGACGAAGGUCUGCAAUUUCUGGGACGUUUGCUUAGUUGUUCUCCACGUUUCUGAGCCAUAGAGGAGGACUGCUUUGACACUGGUGUUAAAAAUUCUAAAUUUGGUUCUCCGUGAGAUGACAUGGGAGGACCACACUUUCCUCAGUGUAUUGAAAGCUACUCUGGCUUUGUUUAUCCUGACCUUGAUAUCUUCAUCGGAACCUCCAUCAAUGCUGACUACACUGCCUAGGUAGACAAAAGAUGUUACUUCCUCCAAGAUGGUAUCCCUCACUUUAACUGGUCUGUUGUUGGUGCAGUUGACCUUCAUAACCUUGGUCUUAUUCACAUUCGGAUGCAGGCCUAACUUGAUGGAAUUAGCUGUUAGCCGUGCUGUUUUGUCCUGCAUUUGUUGGUUGUUACUUGACACCAGGGCGAUAUCAUCAGCAAACUCUAGAUCUUCAAGUUGCUCCAAUAAGUUCCACUGGAUCCCAUUUCGCUGUUCUCUAGUUGUUUCCUUCAUGAUCCAGUCCAUAGCAAGUAGAAACAAAAACGGUGCCAUCAAACAACCCUGCUUGACCCCAGUGUUGACCGUGAAGCUAUCUGACAAUCCACUAGCAUGAAGGACUCUGCAAGUCAUCUUAUCAUAGGAAUUUUUGAUGAUUCGAAUGAAUUUCCCCGGUAUGCCAUAGUGUCUCAUAAGGCACCAAAGAACACUUCUAUCGAGGCUAUCAAAAGCCUUUUCAAAGUCGAUGAAAUUAACGUAAAGAGAAGUGUUCCAUUCAAAUGACUGCUCAAUGAUUAUCCUAAGUGUGGCUAUUUGGUCGAUACAGGAGUGGUCCUUCCUGAAGCCAGCCUGCUGAUCUCUCAGUGUAGCAUCCACAGCCCCCUGAAGACGAAGCAAGAUAAUUCUGUUCAGCACCUUCCCUGCCGCUGACAUCAAGGAUAUACCUCUGUAAUUCUUGCACUCCCGGCAGUCACCUUUCUUUGGCAGUUUUACAAUGUAGCUCUCGUUCCAGUCCUGGGGCAUCUCCUCCUCUUCCCAUAUCUUUCCAAGCAAGCCAUAGAGGAUAUCUGCUGAUAGGUCGGGGUCAGCUUUCAGGGACUCUGGAGGUAUGUUAUCUGGGCCAGCUGCUUUCCCUGAUUUAAGCAUCUUGAUAGAGCGCACAAUCUCUAUUUUGGAUGGCUUCCCGCAGUUCACAUUCAGCUCAGCUGAAGCCUCCGGUAUUAUUGGAAGUUCUGGCGGGGGAGGACGAUUGAGGAGAUCAUUGAAGUAUUGUGCCCACCGCUUAAGCUGCUCAUCUUCCCUAGUCAAGAUAUUACCUUCUUUGUCCUUUACUUGGCUGCUAGUCUGUUGAAAUUUACCCGCCAACUUCCUGGUGGUAUCAUAAAGGUCCUUCAUAUUGCCAUGUGCUGCAGCGAGAAAACAUGGUCGCACACUAUUUCCGAACACCCGAUCCGAGAAACGAAAAAUCCAUACUCAAAAUGACUGAGCGGCCUCAAAUCCAACGCAGAAUCCAGCCAAAUAUACUGUAGUUUCAUUUCAAUUCUCUACCAACUUAAUCAUCCCGGUGGAACCGACGACAAGCCGCCGUUUGCUUCCUAAAUUUCCACUUUACACGUUUCUAACAACCCGCGUACACAUUCAUCACGACACACGACCGUUGAAACCAGCUGGGUUGAUGCCAACUGACGGCGUAGUCCCUUACUUCCUGCGAGCGGUUGUAAAUAUUCCCAUACAAACUUUUUCAUUUUCGCCAUGACGCUUAUUACGCGAGAUGAUCGUCUCACAGCUGGAGCUUGGGCCACCUGUGAGCUCAGAGGCAGUGAUGCGAGUUAAUUAUGAGCCUCAAACCACAGGGGCCUCAUAGAGUUCACCGAACACAAGGAACACGGCACGAAAUGUUAUUCUAGCACAAUUCGGACUCAAUAAAUAUUGUAAAAAGAGGCAAAGAAAUUAAGCAGCAAUAAGGACACACCAAUUAUGUGACUCGAAUUUCCACAAUGACGCAAUUCAUCAGGCACAUUCUAAUGCAGUCAUGGAUGGGAAACUUUUCGCUUGAACAAUAAUUGUUAAUUAAUAAGUAUUAAUAGCUGUAUUGCAAAUCAGACUAUGAUCUCGCUGCCCUAGUCACAAUAAAAUCCAAAGGGUGACUGAUCACAAAUGAAUAACAAAGGCAAUAAUCUUUAACAGUUGCUUGGAGAAACCAAGAUAUGAACAUAUUUCAUGAAUUUUUCGAUGGGAGAUAGAACGUAAUGAUAAAGAAAUAUCAAAAAUAAAUAAUAAAAUGAUAUGAUAAAAAUAAAUAUGAUAACUAAAAUGAUAAAAAAACUAAAAUCUUAGACAUUACUGCUUCUUAAUUAUCACUUUUUCCAAUUGCUUUUUAAUCGACCAGUUAACACCAUUCGAUCUCUACGUUAGGAGGCAGCCGAGAACCCAAAUCCUCGCAAGUACCUGUUGAAUCUUACCAUAAAUUUCCUCAGAUCUUUACUUUACCAGAAGAAAGAUGUUUUUCAGGAAUAGUGAUUUUCAUGGAUUCUUAUCUCUCUUUAUACAGAAGAUUCCCAGAACUUGCGGCUCCGACCCACAGUUUUCAUUAAGACCAUCCACCACCUUGAAAUUACUUCUUUAGGCCAUUCACGACAAUUGCAAAGGAUCUGGAAUUUUCGCAAAACAUUUACAGAGCCUUUUUUGCCAGUUCCGCUUCUUCUUAGAAAAUAUAUUUUUAAUCACAACAAAGAAUGCAAACGAAGGUUACUCCAUAGUGUGUUUACCACAUGAUUUGACACGAACAGUAUGAUAUCCAUCAUUAAUUUUCCUUUUGUGUUAGUCAAUCAGAAAAUGUCGAUGGAACAAAGCCCUUGAUAUGUAACUUCUAAAGUAUAACGGAAGUUUCAUUUUUUUCCUAAUUCGGAUCUUGAAUGUCGAUAAAAGGAGGAAAGGAACCCGUCGGUUUCAUUUUGAUCAGGGGCUCUGCUAGUAGAUUAUGUUAAGCGGAUUCUGAACAGGACGAUAAUAGUUGCCUACAAAGUACUUUCGUAUCUAACCCCGAUGGAAAAGAAAGAGAGACUUAUUGAUCUCUUUUUGUCACAAGAAUUUUCAUGCAAGGACUGUGUCCAUUUUCUGGGACAAGCUUUUCAAAGCAUUCCGCUCCUUUUAAAUCUCGGAGCUCUAACGAAGGGCCGACUUGUAAAAAGGCAGCUUUUUUUUUUCCAACAACAGCAUAAAAACUCUCAGCGGUUUUCUAAGCAAGUUAAUUUUUAGUUGAUGACUAAACCAAACACUCCCCUUAGAGCCUGAGAGCACCCGGUCGUGGAUUCAUCCGAGAUGUACUAGUUUUUAUCUUUUGAUAUGUGUUUGGAAAGCUAUUAUUACAGAGAUUACUCAACUUUAAGAAAAUAGCAUUGAUGUUACAUCUACUUCUAAGGUCUACUUCUUACCUUAAUAUUUAUAUUAUACCUUGAUAUUUAUAUUGGAUGAAAAGCUUUCAAUUAAAAAAGAGAUCACUCAACUGAGCAAGAAUAUAGUAUUGAUACUAUUUUUAUUUCUUAGAAGAUUUAAGACCACACAUCGAAUAUAUUGAGCCUUUACUUUGCUGAAAGAGGUUUUUUGGAAACAUUAAAGCUGAAUUAUGUGUAAGUCUGGGUCUUAAAACAAUGAGCUUAGCGUGCAUACAAUAAUAGCGGAGCUCGCAGCGCACGCAGCGUAGCCCUAUGAUGAUACGAAACAGUAGUAACCCAAGAAGCCGAAAAACUUUAGACGUAUGAUCCUACAGACGUCCGUUGAAGAUGUUACUUCUAGCGUGCGUGGUCAACUGUACCGCGGGCAGUAUCUUGGCUAUUACAUAAUGGAAGGGCGAGGAAGAAGAUAAUGCGCAAGCACGAUUGCUUACAUAAAUUGGAUACCCCUGUAGCAUGCGCCAGAAGACAUCAGCAAGAUGACAAUGAAGUGCGCAUACUCGCGUGCCAAGCUUUAGUGCAGCAUACUGCGGGCACACGGUUAGGCAUUACACGAGGGCUUCACAUGGGCUAGUAGAUAUGAAGCUGCGUAAUCAAAUAAUUUGCAACCCGCGCUUUAAGCGGGAAAUCAAACUGGCGAGGUUUUAGUUGAACAGUAAUUCUCAUUUGUUGCAAUUUCUAAUCAGCUCGCAAAGCAAAAAUACUGGCAGAGCUAAACCUUUGUCAAACGGAGGAAAUUGUUUAAAUUCAAGUUCGUGGAAAGAGGAUUUUGAGUGGAAAUACAUGUCGGCUGGAUAGAAAGAGACAGACCGACCAAAGAAACUAACGGGUAAACGGCGUAAAGCGAGUCGAGAAAAUCGCGCAAGAAAGUUAGGAAAGGCGCCAAAAUAGGCAGAACACGACGAGAGGAACGCGAAAGAGAACAAGAAAAGGCAAAAGUAAAAAGGCAAAUAUCCAGCGAAAAGUAACGCGAGAAAGAAAUACGAAGUCGCUCCUGAAAACAGACUGAAAAGAGGUCAUCAACAAAGAGAAGCGAACUACAAAGGAACCGAGAAAGAAGAGGAGGUAAGUCAUGUUUUAUUUUGGUUUUUUCGUACGCUAAGGCCCAGAAAAAUUCAAACUUUUUUUUUCACCAAUCGUUUUAUACUAGCUUCAGUUUUUAAUUCAACUGAUCACGUUUUGGUAAAACAUUGACUUUGGCAUUCAUCGCCUAAAAGCCCUUGCGUCGUUUAUCACUCGAAUAACAUUUCAUUGUGUUCGUAUUCUUUAGGUUAUUUCUUGUCCUAUUGUUUGGAAUGUGUAAUACAGUCGUGGUGUGAAGGGAAAAGAAGUUAUCUUUCUAGGAUUUUGUUUUUCCUAAAAAGUUUUCAAAUUAUGGCGAACAACGAGCGAAAUUUUCUACUUUUUUUUUCCUUCAGUAAACUAUCGCAGGAUUUACACUAUGCAUUUAAAAGGAUCGCACUUUGUCGAAGAUGUAUUGUUUUACCUUAAGAACGAAGUAGCGGCCUUUCCCAAAAUUGAAAUAAACUGAGAUUGAGUCAGCGAUGUUCAAGUUUACAUUAAGUCUGACGCAGUAAUUUGAUUUUGACAAUAUUGUCAUGUGAGAACCCGUCAAACAUCUGAGAAUUAAAUUACGGACCGCAAACGUGUAGUGCAAACAAAUCCACGGGUAAAACAGAGGUAGUGCUACAGCGGGAUGAGUGAAUUUCAUUGUUUGGUUGUCUAACUUUUCAGCGCUAUGUUUUCAUGCUUUCUACUCGAUUCGUUCGAACUUCAGGAAAUGGUUUUGUCUCACAAAACAUGGAGCCACUUUCUCUUCGCUCAACAUCUCGAGGCUUACUUCUUGCUCGGGUUGUGAUAAACAUGCUUGCGAUACUUUAAUUUUUUCCUAGUGUUGGAAAUUGUGGAAUCAAUCUCUGGAAUUGAUAGUCAUUACAUUUUGCAAGAAGCGUUCGAGUUUUGAUCGUGUAAUUAAACGGGGUCCUGGCAAUUUGAGCUCACAAGCACGCUGGUAAGCACAUGGUUAGUGUAAACAAUUGUUGCUUACAGUUUUCGAAUUCAUGAGCAGGUGUUGUAAAAAGGUUCGCUUAGCUUUUUCAUUGUUACACAUUUCUUUUUCUAAGAAUCUUGCUUAUCCGGCCCAUGCUGAAUUCUAAUUUUUCAACCAAAUGUUAUUUUCUUUUUAACGUUCUAAGAUCUCCUAUCUCCUAGUAUCAGUUGAUAUUCAUGUGAUUGAAAUAAUUACAUGAAAUCUUCCAGAUGUAUGGCACAAAUUUUUUCCUCUGAUCCUCUUAACAUUUUAUUAUGUGAAAAGAUUGGUAUUGGCUCUUAAAGUAUAGUGAAAUUAUAGUUUUUGUGCACAUUCUAUGCAUCAAAUUUAUGUUGUGAAAUGUUGUAUCUUUCUUAAAACUAGUUGAACAGUAUAAGAAUGAGUUGUCAGGCACAAGUAUGGCUUCCACGAUGAUAGUUUCCAAGUUUGAAAAAAGUCACGGCCAGCGAAAAUCCUCAGUUUCUUUGCUCUGACAGCCCAACCUCAUCAAAACAUUGCCAAAAGGAGCGAUUAGCAAAUUAAUAAUACAGACAAGAGAGCCUAUUCCCACAUACACCCUCCUCAAUCAUGUUAGCUUACUAUGGACAUAGCAUUUCAAACGUAAUGUAUAUGCCAGAAAUUUUCCAUUUCUCUGACUAAUCAUUUUGAAAUAGUGUUUAGAAGUUGUGGAAAAUGGCUGGGUUGAAGUAUAAUACAAAGACUUGCCAGUAGAUAAUCAAAUGAAACUUUUAACAUAUUAAUAAAAUUUGUCGUUGCGUUUCAUGUUAACAGGUGGCAACAACUCCACCUUCCAGUAAAUUCAAUUAAUGAAAAACAUGAGAAAAUACUAUCUUAAACUUUUCAACCUAUUUCACAUCGCCAAUAACAUCAUCAACUCAACUGUUAAACUAAAGAGAAAACUUGAUUGCAGUUUAAAAUUGCGGCGUUCAGAACCCAAAACAUUCCCCUCGAAUUCUUGUCUUGAAAAUUAACAAAAACCGAAACUAUGGUUCGCUUUAAUUUUGACCCAAAUAGUUGCACGAAUGUAAGAAAGAGAAAAUGAGAUUAAUCAUCAGAAACACUGAAAAGCACUGAAGAAUAAAAGCUUUGUUCAAGUAGGAUUCUGAGGCGUUUUUCUCGGCUAACUGCAAUGUAUUGUAAUAGGAACCGUCGUUCCGUUUUUAACGGUUAAACUCAUUUAAACCCUCCAAUAAUAUUGAUAUUUAAUGAGGGAACCCAACUCGCCCAAGCAGUAUUCAGCGGGACCUUCGAGACGUAAUUCACAUUUCUAAUCUGCAACCAUGGCAUUUCCCAAGCUUUAUUUAGCAAUUAUUCCAUGAGAGCGGAAUUGACAUGAGUUAGCCUUUAAGUAUUUUAUUUUUAAGAAGCGUAAUUAUUAUUUUAUUGCAGACACCCAAACAAAUAUCUCAAAAUUUGCCACAGAGAGUGCGAAAGCGAAACAAGUCUCGUACAUUCCGCUAAUAAAGGGUCUAUGGCUUAUGACCAAGUUUCAAGACCAUAGCCUCGAUUCCAAUCAAAAUUUAGGAGCUGAGAAGAUUUCAAUAUUUAUCAACAACAAAACAGAUGCUUAAAAGUAUUGGCUAAGUAGUUUCCUUCGUAAAUGUUAAUUAAGUUGAACUAUUUGUUGGUAAGGUAAAGCAAAUGUUUGUGAAACUUAUUAGAUAUUUGCACUAUGUGAUUUUAUGAGAAUAUCCGCCGGACACCAAUAAUCGCAGAUGUUCUCACAGUGUUUUAAAAACGUGUGAUUAUCAGUUGGUUAAGCUAAAAGCGAAAUGGUAAAUCAACAGUUUAUAUACCCUACUAGAAUUAGCUUUAUGUUCGAAAAGUGUCGAAUUUUCCUGAGUUCAGCAAUGUAAGGCCAGCACAUUGUUUGUUCUUUGGUUGCCAUGCAUUUUUUGUUUUUUAGUUGCCAUGGCCACCACAAGUAAUCAAUCGUUUUGGCACGUUUCAUUCCUCCAAAAUGGUUCAAAAACUCAUUCCACAUAAUCCUGAGACCCUUGAGUCCGGCCCUAGAUCUCUUAAGUUAAAAAUUUCCACCAAUAUGAAGCCCAGUUACAAAAGCACUCAAUCUUCACAGAUCGGAAGUGUGCGUCCAUCUUAUUUACUUGUCUUCUUGUCCGUAAAUCGUGCUAAAAGUUAGGAAAAAUAGUCUGUUUUAAUGAAUUAUGCGUGAAAAAGAAAAAGGUUUUAUCGCCAAAUUUGCCACGUACAGAGAGUGCAAAAGGUCCAUGGCUUUUGAUCAAGGUUCGUGGCGAGAGCCUCGAAUCCAAUCAAAGCUGAGAACAUUUCCUAGCUGAGAAGAUUUCAAUAUUUAUAUCAGCAACGGAACAGAUGCUUAAAAGUAUUGUCUGAGUAGCUGCCUUAGUAAAUAUUACUGAAGUUGAACUAAUUAUUGGUAAGGCAAAGCAUAAUGUUUGCGAAACUUAUUAGAUAUUUGCGCUACGCGUUUUUUUUGAGAAUAUCCUUGACACUAAUCGCAGAUGUUUUAACGGUGUUUUAAAAACGUGUCAUUAUCAGUUGGUUUAGCUAAAAGCGAAAUGGUAAAUCAACAGUUUAUGUACCCGUACUAGAAUUAGCUUUAUGUUCGAAAAGUGUCGAAUUUUCCUGAGGCCAUGUUCAACCAUUUAUUAUUUAUGACAAAAUUUCCAUCAAUAAAGGUUACCUAUUUGAAUUUGAAAGGCUUUAGUCGCUUACUGAGUAAAACUUUUGACUCAGAAUUGUCUUUUGUUUCAUGGCAAACCAUGCACCAAUACCACUUAAGAAAAAGUGCUACCUGCAGUUCACGGAAUAUCUUCAACGGUGGGGUUUCGCUUACCCCCUCAAAAAACCAGAGAUACAAAAUGAAAAGCUAGAAGUGUUAAUUGCGGAUGACUUUUAAUUUGCGGUCAAUUGGCUAUCGAUGAAGACGAAUGUCAGGUAAGACACACACUUCAGUGCUAAAAAUUUAUGUUGAGCGAACAAGGACGAAUGUAAGUAUUCCAAUUAAAGAAAUGUUUCUGACCCUUCAAAUGUCGAUGAACUAAAUCAUAAAAAACUUUUACAAAAGAUUUUAGGUUGGCACAUAACAUUUGUGACUCUGUAACAAGGCUAACUUAGAUAUAUCCGUAAGAUAAAAUGCUACGUUUUAGUUAGAACUAAGAAUAGGAGGACACUGGGGUUCGCGAUAUUGCGAAAGUGAACAACUUUUCUUGCAGUAUUUCGGUAUUUUGGGCGAUAUCAAAUAUUAUCUUCCAAGUCUUCCACUGUUUUCCGAGCCGUUUCCACUUUCCGAUUCUUUCGGUAACAAGCUUAAUUCGAAAAUUACCUAACUGAAACUAGGUUCACUCUAGUCGAAAUUUUCCGGAUUCGUUUUGCCAUUUACACACAAGCAGAAAAAAUCCGAAAUAAAACGUCUUCUCUUUGGUCGUUUCUCCGGUGAUUUUAAAUCUGAAAUUUAAAGUUGAAACGUCGAAUCCGAACUCUUUUCAGUCCGGAACGUUUGAAUAUUUACCAAUUCUAAAUUGCUAUUUUUAUGUUGUUUGUACUGUUUAUAUUUUUGAAGAUAUUGGGGAAUUUGCCCAUUCUUUUUUUUCUGUAAGGCAGCGUUCGGAACCCAGAAUAUCCCCUUCGAAUUCUUGUCUUGAAAAUUAACCAAAACCGAAAAUAUGGUUCGCUUUAAGGGGGCAUUACGUUUGGAUUUUGAAGAAAAAUUGAAAACUUCACCCUUUUUUCUUUAUUUCCUCUUAAAUGAUACUUGAAUUCAUCUAUUUUCAGAUAAUAUGUUUUUUACGCUUAUUUAUUCAUGCACCGCUAAAAACAGCCGCUUUUGAAGGCCAGCACAUCGUUUUUUUUUUGGUUGCCAUGCAUUUUUUGUUUUUUUGGUUGCCAUGGCUACCACAAGUAAUCCAAUCGUUUUGGCACGUUUCAUUCCUCCAAAAUGGUUCAAAAACUCAUUCUACUUAAUCCUGAGACCCUUGAGUCCGGCCCCAGAUUUCUUUAGUUAAAAAUUUCCACCAUUAUGAAGCCCGGUUACAAAAGUACUCAAUCUUCACAGAUCGAAAGUGUGCGUCCAUCUUGCUUACUGGUCUUCUUGUCCGUAACUCGUGCUAAAAGUUGGGGAAAAUAGUCUGUUUUAAGGAAUUAUGCGUGAAAAAAAAAAAGGUUUUAUCGCCAAAUUUGCCACGUACAGAGAGUGCAAAAGGUCCAUGGCUUUUGAUCAAGGUUCGUGGCGAGAGCAUCGAAUCCAAUCAAAGCUGAGAACAUUUCCUAGCUGAGAAGAUUUCAAUAUUUAUAUCAGCAACGGAACAGAUGCUUAAAAGUAUUGUCUGAGUAGCUGCCUUCGUAAAUAUUACUGAAGUUGAACUAAUUAUUGGAAAGGCAAAGCAUAAUGUUUGUGAAACUUAUUAGAUAUUUGCGCUACGAGUUUUUUUGAGGAUAUCCGUGACACUAAUCGCAGAUGUUUUCACGGUGUUUUAAAAACGUAUAAUUAUCAUUGGUUAAGCUAAAAGCGAAAUGGUAAAUUAACAGUUUAUAUACCCGUAGUAGAAUAAGCUUUAUGUUUGAAAAGUGUCGAAUUUUCUAGAGGCUAUGUUCAACCAUUUAUUAUUUAUGACAAAAUUUCCAUCAAUAAAGGUUACCUAUUUGAAUUUGAAAGGCUUUAGUCGCUUACUGAAUAAAACUUUUGACUCAGAAUUGUAUUUUGUUUCACGACAAACCAUGCAGCAAUCCAAUUUUUAAGAGAUUUUUUUUAAGAGUUCAUGCUCUGAUAUAAAGCGCUACCUACAGUUCACAGAAUAUCUUCAACGACACUAAGAAGUGUUAAUUACGGUUGACUUCAAUUUGCGGUCAAUUGGCAGCUGAUGGAGACAAGUUAACUGCAGUCGAAAUUGUUCCGGACUCGUUUUUCCGUUUACACACAAGUAGAAAAAAUCCGAAAUAAAACCUCUUCUCUUUCGUAGUGUCUCCGGUGAUUUUGAAUCUGAAAUCUAAAGCUGGAAAGUGGAAUCCGAAAACAAAUUCUGGAAUGCUGUUUCUAUGUUGUUUGUACUGUGUAUACUUUUCGCAAUAUAAGGGAAUUUACCCUUUUUUUUUUUCUGUAUGCAGCGUUCAGAACCAAGAAAAUUCCCUCGAAUUCUUGUCUUGAAAAUUAACCAAAACCAAAACUAUUGUUCGCUUUAAUUUGACCCAAAUAGUUGCACGAAUGUAAGAAAGAGAAGAUAAGAUUAAACAUCAGAAAAACUGAGAAACAAAUAAGAGAAGCUUUGUUCAAUUAAGAUUCUGAGGGGUUUUUUCUAACUAACAGAGCAGUUUAUUGUUUCAAACUGCAGUGUAUUGUAAUAGGAAACGUCGUUCUGCCAUAAUGAAUUGUUGAGCAUAUGCUAAUUUGGGUGUUGCUUGGAAAAUUAAUCGAAUGCAACAUUGACCGCAACUUGUUGUCAAAAGGUUAGCCAGCUGCGGUAAAGUUUCCCUCACAACCGCUGUACAUGAUAGUAUCUGUAUAUUUCUAAGUCAAUAAACUUUGAAAAAUCUGUUUUCUAUCAGAGUUAAUCAAGAGUGAAAAUAAUGUUCGUGAAUCAAUUUAAUAGCAUUCUAUCACAAAUGCUGCAAUGUAAUUGGCUGCGCUUCAUGCUUUCAAUUUUUUUUUUUAAUUUCGAGCUUGAGAUUUUUAUCGCCUGAUACUGAAUUGGGGAGGGUUAAGGCGUCUGCAUGACUGAAACCAGAAGGCGUCUAAUCUUACAAACAUUAUUAACCUAAGCGCGGAACAUGGGGUCUACAAGCCUAACCUGAAGAAAAUGUUAUGUGACGGUGACAUAUCGGAGCGAACACACACGCCAUUUCUUCGGCUGACUUUUUUAUUUCGCUCUUCACUGACUUUAUGCUUUCCUUCGCAGGCAGUGUGACAUCUAAAAGAGCAAGCUUUAUUGAAAUACUGCGGCCCAGUGAACACAGGAAGGGUGAUAAUCCUGCAAGAUUUUAGGAAGUUCACGAGGGUUAGGGAAGAAAAUUGUGGAAACUACCGAAGAUGGAAGAACUGCCAAGAGAGUUGCAAGAGAGUGUUUAUGACAUUUCGAAUGCCUCAAAGUCAAAAGUUUCAACUAAUUACAGCAAGGAAGGGGAGGCUUCAAAGGCAGCAGUAGAAGUUGCUCUGCCUUCGCCACGGGAGCUAACGUUAAACGUGGAAGAUGCACUGAGUCGAAUAACGAAUAAAAGUGGUAAGUACGAGAGUAUUUUGCAGCAGGUUGCCGUGGAAUUCGUGGAAAAUUUGUCUAUUUUGCCGCUCGCCAUAUGCAGUGAUUAUCUUGGUAAGUAUCCUUCCUUUCCUGGUGUCUACCUGAUAUAUUACAUUGGUGAAACUUAUCUCUAUGAAGACCUGGUCAGGCCUUCUCAAGACAAACCCAUCUACGUUGGAAAGUCCAAAAACGAUAUCUUAAAUCGCCUGAGCGACCACCGCCGGAAUAUGGCAAGAGCUAACGACUUAGAGGUGACGGACUUCGUCGUUCGAAUCAUGACUGUUGACUCAAAAUACUAUGCGCCCUCUAUUGAGGCGGUGCUUAAAGAUCACUAUGAUCCUUUGUGGAACAAUAAAACAGUGAAGUUCUCUUUUGGUAACGCUAAAGACUCAAAGAGCAACUGGUACAAAUACCAUGUUGCUGAGGUUAAGUUUAAGAGAGAAGAAAUAAUAAAACGUGUUGAGGAUUUCAGCAUUAUCAGUAAAGCAGAACCGGCGCUCAAUCUGACCACUAUACCUCUGUAA